AUGUUUCUCCAUCUUUGCAAGCGCUUGAAGCCGUUCGUUUUGCUGUUGUUGUUGACGAUUCUCGGUCUCUUCUUCAUGAUACGUUCCUUCUCAGUCUUUUUGGAGAGGGAGAACGAAGUCAAAGAAUUCAACAUUUAUCCAAAGCUAACAAAACAUAAUCACGAAAAUAACAACACGGACACUGCUGGUGCGGAAGUGAACAAACAUUUCUCCCUUCUUCGACAAGAUUUAACGAAAUUACUCAACCUCUAUCAGGCAGAGGCGACCAGAUUUCGUAAGAAGGUUAGAAUUGUCCAGAAAACGCCAUUACUUAGACUGAAAUCUAGAAGAAACGUUGGAAAACAAAAUGUGGUUUGCAGCAAGGAACUUUUCCUACUCAUUCAGGUACACUCGAGUCCAGAGAACUUCAUGAAUCGACUUGCCAUCAGGCUAUCAUGGGGAAAUAUGAAACAUUUUAUUGGCCAAGGAAAUUUUCCAAAAAGGUAACAAAUCUUUAAUUGUAACUCAGAUUUUACUUAGUAUGCAAUUCUCUUUAGGCUGACCCUUUAAACAAUAAUUACCAUUUAUAGCUUUGUUUUAAUUUCAUAUACACUCUUUUUUUUUAUAAGAAUGUUGUUCUUUCGGCCCAGGCUGAAUAUUCUUAUUUUUCUGCCGAUUUUAGGCUGAAAAUAUUCUUGUAUUAUUCUUAAAUAAAGCCCAGUGCUGUUUUUGUUUUCGCUAGGUUUUGUUAUUUAAAAAGGAAAGAAUUUGUUCAUAAUAUUUUUUAGCGGUUUAGUUUAUGUCUUUUGUGCUGAAUACUGUACAUACAUAUUACAUGUACCGUUCAUCGAACUGUCAUUACCGUUGAACAUUUUGCUUUAGCUACCGCAGGUUUUUUCGUUUUGUUGGCUAGUUUUGCCGUUCAGAGAAAGGAAAAAUUUUAUAUGGUUAAGUUAAAAACAUAAAAUUGUAUUGUGUUUACAGAUAGUGUACUGUAAAUAAAACCCGUUGCGCAACACAAUAUACUUCGCACGUGAGGGUGAUACUGGUACCUGACCCCAACGGUUUUUUUUUUUUCUGUACUGUUUGAAAUUAAAGAGCAAAUAUUGACAGGUAAAUUUCUUAACCUCGCGAAAAGUCAAAAUUUCCGAAUAACUAACCGUUCCAUUCGUCUGAGAUUUUUCAGAGGUUUUCUACUAACUUACCGGUUGCUAGGGGGAGAGAUCUUACUUAGCCCUUGCUCAAUCAAGCAGACCAAUCAAUCAAUACCUUUAUUUAAGUGGCAAACUAACAUAGCAGUAGAGGAACCCGGGGUAGAGGAAAAACUAAAUGGGGACACUAUAAAUUAAAAUAAGCAAUUAUUGUAGCAGUUAAAAUCGAAUUAAAACUAUUUACGAGUGUAUCGUUAUUGACUAUAGACCGAAGUCUAAAAUUUAUAAGAUUAUUGCAUGUGUAUAAUUAAUAAAUCAAAAAAGUGCGUAUGAGCUUAGUAAAAAUAGUAGUGGUUACGCACCACAUAGAGUGCAAUUUAAGCACUGAGCGUCGGCAAGGAAUUUAGGUCAAGGUGUAGAAUAUGCUGCUUGAACACAGAUAGCGUAGGAAGGUCCCUGAUCUUUUUGGGCAGUAGAUUCCAUAACUUAGGGCCAAUAUACCUAAUAGAAUGCUUCCCAUGUUUAAUCGUAUUAAAUCUACACAUUACAAAUUCCUUGUUCCUCAGUGGAUAUUUGGUAUCUGUCCUCUGGAAAAGAUCAGCAAUGUAUUUAGGACUCUUAUUUUAAUGUUUUCUUUUGUUUAUUUGUAACUAUUUGGCACUAAAUGUUAGAUACUGUUUCACAGGUUUAGUAAAAUCACUCUAAGAUUUUCGGAUAUUGCGAUUAUUGGUUAAAAGGGUCUCCUAAAAAUUUCAGUCUGUGUAAAAGCUAGAGACUAAACGUUCCCUAGAAUGUUCGGGUACUCCACGUCCUCCAACUUUGAACCGCCGGUCUGAUUUGUGGCAAAGCCUUAAUUUCGUUUGCUCGAUUUUGGUUACUCGAGAAAGCCGACUCUUAAUCUUUUCUCCUCCUCAAUCAAGAAAGCAAAAGGAGGCUUAUCUACCAGGUUAGCAGGGAUGCCACAAAAAAGGUACAGCGGACUGGCCGUGUGUGGGUUGAGUCAUUCAUUCGUUUAUUUAUUCAUUUACGGUAUAUAUAAAACAAAACGUUCCCUAGAAUUUUUCAGGUACUCUUUCGCCUGCCAGUUUGCCAGCAGAGACGCCUUUCUUUCGCUUGCUCGAUUUUGGUUUCUCGAUGAAGACUUUCUUUUCUCCUUCUGCCACACAAAAUGUUCAGCUAACUAAUAGUGGUGGAUCGAGUCAUUUAUCCUUGAUUUAUUUAUUUAUUUCUAGGUCAUGGAAAAUUGUAUUUCUCGUUGGAAGGAGUUCUGAUCCCAAGACAAAUUUUUUGGUAACUCGAGAGGCUGCCAUUCACAAAGACACCGUCAUGGGAAAGUUUAACGAUACUUUUCGAAACUUGUACAAGAAGAUGAUUUUAAGCAUCUCUUGGCCACUGGAAGAAAAAUGCAGCGCCUCAUAUAUCCUUAAAACGGAUGAAGAUUGUUUUGUUAAUAUUCGAAACCUCCUUAACCUGCUUGACAGAUAUCACAUAACAAACGGAACGCAACCGAUAUACGCUAAAAAAUGUUGA